UGAUUUUGGUUUGUUUGUAGUUUUAAAUAUGGCUAGUUCUAGUGCUUCCAAGAGUGAAUUCAUUGUUGGCGGAAAGUACAGAUUAGUACGUAAGAUCGGAAGCGGAUCAUUUGGUGAUAUUUACCUCGGAAUAAAUAUUGCUAACGGUGAAGAAGUUGCUGUAAAGCUUGAAUCUCAAAAAGCAAGACAUCCACAACUUCUUUAUGAAAGCAAAGUAUAUAAGAUUCUUCACUCUGGAGUUGGCAUACCACAUAUAAGGUGGUUUGGUCAAGAGCGAGAUUACAAUGUAUUGGUUAUGGACCUUCUCGGACCAAGCUUGGAAGAUUUGUUCAAUUUCUGCUCUCGUAGGUUCACAAUGAAAACCGUGUUAAUGUUGGCUGAUCAAAUGAUCAGUCGCAUUGAAUAUGUUCACAACAAAAAUUUCAUUCAUCGUGACAUCAAACCAGAUAACUUCCUGAUGGGGAUCGGUCGACAUUGCAACAAACUUUUUCUCAUAGACUUUGGCCUUGCUAAAAAGUUUCGAGAUAGUCGAACAAGACAGCACAUUGCUUACAGAGAAGAUAAAAAUUUGACAGGUACUGCUCGAUAUGCAUCAAUCAAUGCACAUUUAGGAAUUGAGCAGAGUCGUAGAGAUGACAUGGAAUCACUGGGCUACGUUCUUAUGUACUUCAACCGCACUUCAUUACCGUGGCAAGGACUGAAAGCAGCAACUAAAAAACAAAAAUAUGAGAGGAUUAGCGAGAAAAAAAUGUCAACACCGGUCGAGGUUCUCUGCAAGGGCUUCCCAGCUGAGUUUGCCAUGUAUCUCAACUACUGCCGUGGGUUGAGGUUUGAAGAAGCACCAGACUACAUGUACCUCAGACAACUAUUCCGGAUACUAUUUCGCACAUUGAACCAUCAAUAUGAUUACAUAUUCGACUGGACAAUGCUGAAACAGAAAGCUGCUGCAGCUGCAACAUCUUCUAAUGUUACUCCAACUGGUGCAACAAAGCACACAACUACUGGCCAUACUUCCCAUCACCACCACAGUCAACAGCAAGGACAUGCAGAAAAGUCUAGAGCGAAACAAGGGUACUGAUCAUUUGUGACUUUGCUUUACCGAGUUCUUAAAUUUCUUUUGUGCUUAUUUUUAUGACCUGCUACCAGUCAGAAAUUAUGAUUUUGCAAGUAUGAACAAUAAUUGAAUCACGUUACUGCGUACUUGCUCUGUCGUGUAUUAUUUUGGCUAGCAAUUUCUGAUUGGUUUAUUGUGAUCUAAGGCAGGUUUUUAUCGCCAUCCUCAGUUUAAGAUUGUAGGCCUCACUGUAACUUUGUUCAGCUUCGUCAUUUAUAUUGUCUGCCAUUACUAGUUUACUCUAUUGAUUUUAAGUCAAAACUGUAGUUGAAUAGAAUAGAUUUUGGUGCCAUGUCUUUUGAAGAAGUAAAAGCAUGAAGUUUGGCAUAUGAUUCAUUUUCUUGUGACCAGUUACGACAAAUUCAAUACUUUGAAUUUAUUACCAAAUAAUGUUUUUUCUAUCAAAUGAUUCUUAAUUAGGCAGCUAUGAUGCAAUUGAAAUAUCAAAUUUGUAUUAUCUGUUUUAUAGAUUUUUGUCUGUGAUACAAUGUUUCUUUGAAUUUCUUGUAUUAAUUUGAGCUAUAGGUUGUUUUGUUUAAUGACUUUUCGUUUGGAACAAAUCAUCAAUUGAUUGUGUUAUACCUCAGAAUUUUUUUUGAGAAGAUGAGGCGUAUAUCUUUUAAUGGUACUUUCGUUUUGUCACCCAUACUUUGGAUAUGAUUACCUGUAUAAUAAGAUGUUUCAUGAUCGGUGUGUAGGUAUAUUAACUUUAGACCAAAAUGUAGUCAAUUUGCAAUUCAAUUAGAAUGGAUGAGUUAUAAUUGAAUGCUUUUUUGCAUUUAUGACAAUUAUAUCAAUUUGGACAGUGCUCUUCGGCGUAGACUGGGGGAAAAAGUAAAAGUUUGCUCUAUAAUUAGUUUUCAUCAUAAAGAAUUUGAAAAAUGAGUUCAAGCAUCAAAAGGAACGUAUUGGUUAAGAUGGUUUGUAAUCCAACUGAAAUAAUCAAUGCUUCGUCAUUUUUUUAUAAAUUGAUUGUAAACCGCAUGUUCUGUCAGACUGUCCCAUAACCUAUUUUCAAUAUGCCAACUGUAGGAUGGUAUGAUUGAAUUUCCUUGAUUUGUAGUUAUGUGUUUUUCUUUAUGUAGAAUGUAUUGUUACAUUUGAGAUGUUUUUAUUAUAUUUAUAGCGUGGUGACUCCAUGAAAAUGAGAGUUGUGACUUUUUCGAUUCUUUGUGAAAUAAUAUACAACUGAAUGAUGUA